AUGGAAGAAAAAUAUAUUUUAACUUUAGACAUAGGCACUAGCACUAUUCGCUCUUUUAUUUAUAAUACUAGAGCUGAAAUAGUGGGAAGAGCGGUUGAUCAGGUGGUAUUGCAUUAUCCGCACCCUGGUUUCGUUGAAAUAGAUCCAGAUGAACUGUGGGCCUCAAUAGUUGGUGUAGUAAAUAUAUCAUUGAAGGAUGCCCAAUUAACAGCUGGUCAGAUGACGGCUAUGGGUAUCACCACCCAAAGAGGUACAUUUAUAAACUGGUCUCGGAAAACUGGCAAACCAUUCCACAAGUUUAUUACAUGGAAAGAUUUAAGAGCUGACAAAUUGGUUAAACAGUGGAAUGCUUCAUAUGUAUGGAAGCUAUUCAAAGCAAGUGCCUACGUAUUGUACCUUAUUCUAAGAAGCAAAAGGUUCAAAGCAGGAAGUGUGUUCAAAUUUAUGAAUACCCAGACAUGUUUAAGAUUAAACUGGGCGUUCCACAACAUAGCUGCCUUCAAGACUGCCGUGCAAGAAGACGACGCUCUCUUCGGAACCUUGGACACAUGGCUAUUAUACAAAUUGACAGGUGGUAAGGUUCACAUGACGGACGUGUCGUCAGCGUCGGCCACGGGUUUUUACGACCCAUUCACCAUGCAGUGGGCUGGCUGGGCCAUGACCAUGUUGAAGAUACCCAGAGCAGCGCUGCCAGAGGUCGUUGAUACCGCCGGGGACCACUUCACUAGUACCAUACCAUCUAUAUGGGGACAUCCUAUACGAAUUGUCAGUUGUAUGGCUGACCAAACAGCAUCAAUGUGGGGUUCAUGUUGCUUCGAAGUCGGUGAUGUGAAACUCACAAUGGGUACUGGGACCUUCUUCAAUAUCAACACGGGUACGGAACCACACGCUAGCGUGUCCGGUCUGUAUCCCAUCGUAGGCUGGAGGCUUGGAGAGGAACUCAUCUAUUCUGCAGAAGGAGCGAACAAUGACACCGCUUCUAUCAUCAAGUGGGCACAGAAUUUAGGGUUGUUUGAUAGUCCAGAAGACACAGCAGACAUCGCCACCUCGGUGCUGGACACAGACGGAGUCUACUUCAUACCGGCAUUCAGCGGGCUAGGGCCCCCUUACAAUGACGGGUCAGCAGCGUCAGGUUUCAUCGGCAUGAAACCGUCGACGACGAAGGCUCACCUAGUGCGCGCCGUGCUCGAGUCCCUCGCGUUUAGAACUGCGCAACUAUACAACUGCGUGCUCAACGAAACUAAUUACUCCUUCCAUACUAUCAGACUGGAUGGUGGUGUCUCAAACAACGAUUUCAUCGCUCAGUUAGUGGCCGACCUCACAGGACUGCGCGUUGAAAGACCGGUCCACGUAGAAAUGUCCUCACAAGGAUGCGCCCAUAUAGUUGGAUACAAAUUAGGUAUAUGGAAAUCGAAAGACGAGUUGAGGAGGUUACGCAAAAUUGAGUGCGUGUUCACUCCGCGGACGUAUAUGAAGAAGUCGUACGAGGUGACGUUCUCGCGGUGGCAGGACGCGGUGCGGCGCAUGUGCGGCUGGUACAGCGGCGGCGCGGAGGCGGCCGCGGCCGGCGCCCCUGACUGCGCCGCGCCGCUCACGCCGCAGCCCAGCUUCAAGCUGCUCCCCGCGCGCAAGAAAAACGGUAGUAUAUCCAAAUAG